AUGGGGACGGGUAACGUGAUCCUUGCCCCAUCCUCAUAUCGAUGCUAUAAAACAACCUACAAAAACAAAAUCCUUGCAAAGGGCUGGUCAACAUUCAGCAUGUUCAGCACAGAAUCAGUGAUCGAAUUUUUGGGUUGUGUGCCGUUGCUUCAGAGGCUGCCGAGCUCGUCUCUUCGGAAAAUCGCGAAAGUUGUUACUGUUAAACAUUACGAUCCACAAGAAUAUGUUGUUAGAGAAGGAGAGGCUGGCAAUGGAAUUUACUUCGUUUGGAAUGGCGAGGCAGAGGUGUCUGGGUAUUUCCAUGCAGAUGAGCAUAAUCGGCCAGAGUUCCAACUUAAACGUUAUGACUACUUUGGCAACGGUCUGGCAUCAUCUAUGCAGCAAGCAGAUGUCAUUGCACUGACUAAGCUGACCUGCUUAGUGCUGCCCCAUGAGCAUUGCAAUUUGUUGCAGUCAACUUCAAUCUGGAGCGCAGACAAAACACUUGAACCAUGCUCACUUGUUGAGAGCAUAUUGCAUCUUGAGCCUAUAGAAGUCAACAUAUUUAAAGGGAUCACAUUGCCUGAUGCUCCACAAUUUGGGAAAGUGUUUGGAGGACAGUUCAUUGGACAGGCACUGGCUGCAGCAUCAAAAACUGUUGAUUCGCUUAAGAUUGUUCAUAGCUUACAUGCUUACUUUCUUCUUGUUGGGGAUCUUGAAAUUCCAAUUAUAUACCAUGUUCACCGUGUACGCGAUGGCAACAGUUUUGCUACCCGAAAGAUAGAUGCAAUACAGAAAGGAAAUGUGGUAUUCACAAUGAUUGCUUCAUUUCAGAAAGAAGAAGUAGGGUUUGAUCACCAGCUACCGUCAAUGCCUGCAGUCCCUGAUCCAGAAAUGCUUUUAUCAAUGGAAGAUUUGCGGGAGAAGCGCCUUACUGAUCCUCGUCUUCCCAGGACUUACCGAAACAAAGUUGCCACAACAAAGUUUAUUCCUUGGCCUAUCGACAUAAGGUUUUGUGAGCCUAGUAAUUCAACCAACUACGAUAAACGUCCUGCCAGCUUGAGAUACUGGUUUAGAGCGAAAGGAAAACUCUCAGAUGAUGAGGCUUUACAUAGAUGUGUUGUAGCGUACACUUCAGAUCUCAUAUUUCUAAAUGUCAGUCUGAAUCCUCAUCGCCGUAAGGACUUGAAGACUUCAUCUGUUAGCUUGGAUCACUCGAUUUGGUUUCACCGGCCCGUUAGAGCAGACGAGUGGUUGUUGUAUGUGAUAUCGAGUCCAACUGCUUACAAUGCUCGAGGAUUCGUAAGCGGGCAAAUGUUCAAUAGAAAAGGAGAGCUUGUUGCAUCGCUAACUCAAGAGGGCCUGAUAAGGAAAGUAAGAAAACAACCGUCUACUACUGUAUCGAAGCUGUAAACAUAUAUCACCCUCGACUUCUAUGAAGAACAAGUGCACGCUCGUGUACUUCAAAUCGUUUGAUCCGAUUACUUCAAAGUUAUCUAUAGUUAUCGAGGCCUCUUUGGAUGUCGAAAUCGUCUAGUAAAGAAAGGAAGAAGAAGAGUCCAAAUGAAGCCUUUAGGGCCUCAAGGAGUUGGUAUUGAUUGGGGUCUUGACUAUUAUUCUUUUUGCAUUUUAUUUCUGUAUUCGAACCGAUUGCUACAUUUUGGUAUGUAGUAACGAGAAUGAGAAUUAAUGGGGUAUUACAAUUAUAGUAUAAAAUAAUGUGGCUACUAUUCACCUGCUAUUCGUUCA